AUAGAACAAACGAACACUUAAUUGCGAUUGAAAAUAGAUUGUGAAAAGAAAAUGAGAUUUCAUAUCAUAUUUAAGUUAAUGUCUUCGAUUUGCUUUAUGCAUACUAUUGAAAGUAAAAAUGUAAUUGAUUUACUUGAGGGCAAGAUAUUUGCACCAUCACAAUAUCAACAACAACAACUUAAGCCUGCGUUUAAUUUCGCAUCAUCUCCUGUUAAUCAAAAACAAAUGCCAAUUAGCGAAAUACCUAAAAAUAUGCAACAAUUUCAGGAAACGCUAAAUGAAGUGAAAUUCAAAUGUGCGAACGCAAUGAUUCCAAGAGUAGAUUCCAAUAAGUUGUUAAUGCACGAAGAUCAGCCUUCAUUAAGGGAGAAAUGCUUAAUGGCUUGUAUUCUAAAAAGAAUGAAACUGAUGGAUUCGGACUAUAAAUUAUCGGUUCCCACCAUAUCGCAUAUAGCUGGUAUGAUUUCCAAUGAGAAUCCUUUGCUUAUAUCAAUGGCUGCGGCUACUGCCAGUAACUGUAAUCAUGCUAUUAACGCCAGAGAGCCUUGCGAAGCUGCCAAUCAAAUUAACAAAUGUAUAGCGGAUGAACUAAAGGCUCACAAAUUAAAUUUGAUUUAUUAAUUGUAUCGUUAAC